GCGGAAGAGGAACAGUUAAUCGAUGUCAGAACGACAGCGUGUAUUGAACUUUUAACCUUAUAAAAUUUGGCAUUUUGUUCCUUUAAUACAAUCCAGCAAGGUUUCAUCUCGACGGCAGACCUAAUGAUGUUCAACAGGCAGACAAGUUUAUGGAUGGGUGAUUUGGACCCAUACAUGGAUGAAAAUUUCAUCAAGCAGGCCUUCAGUGCUAUGGGAGAAUCGCCAUUUGGAGUGAAGAUCAUCACCCAUCGGAUAACAGGUGGUUCAGCAGGAUAUUGCUUUGUGGAGCUGGCAGAUGAAGCAAGCGUAGACCGCUGUGUCCAGCGUCUCAAUGGAAAACUGGUCCCUGGAUCAAACCCGCCCCGGAAGUUUAAACUAAACUAUGCCACCUACGGCAAAAGACCAGAGGCAGGGCCGGAGUUCUCAGUGUUUGUGGGUGACCUGGCCUCUGAGGUGGAUGACUACCAACUGCACCAAGUCUUUAAGAAGUAUCCCUCCUGCAAAGGAGCCAAAGUAGUAACCGACCAGUAUGGAUACUCCAGAGGCUACGGUUUUGUCAAGUUUGGAGAGGAGAGCGAACAGAAGAAGGCCAUCGAGGAAUGCCAAGGCACGAUGCUGGGGGGGAAGCCACUCAGACUCAGUAUUGCUGUAGCAAAGAGCCAGAAGAUGAGCAGUUACCAUGGGAGCCAGGGCCAAAAUUACCAUAGCAGCUACAAUCAGACCCAGUCAAGUUACUACGGCAACUACAGUGGCGGGGGGCAGGCUGGGUAUUACUCGCAGUGGGGGGGUUAUGACCAGUAUGGCGGCUACAACAGUAGUGGCUACAGCACUGGGUAUAACGGCGGGUACAACAGUGGGUACAAUUAUAACUAUGGGCCCUAUGGAUACCCUCCACCUGGUCACAUGAUGCCGCCACCUCCCAUGGGGAUGCCACCCAUGUCCGCUGACAUGACAGGAGGUGUAGAGCAGACUCAUGAAGAGACAGAGGAUGCAGAGGAGGAUAAUGCAGAAGAACCCAUCCCUGAAUGUGACGUGGACCAGUGGAACAAAGACUUCAUGCAGCGCAGCGAGGAGCUCUACGAAGCCAUGAUGAACUCGCACUGGGAACCCCUGGACUCCAUCACCUCCCCCAUCCCUUCCAUGUUGUGAUAACUCCACCGCGUGAUCCUUUCACUCCUUUAAAUCUUAGCCUUUUUUAAAUACACCCUAUAAUCCACCCCAGUUUGAAGCCACACGGACACCUUAAAGAGGCAGCUUCACUUAGAGUUUAGGUUCUCCACUGGGCUGAUGAAGUUGCCUUCUUCUGUAGCAUUGUUAACUGGUUUUCUCAGAACCUUUCAUGCUUUGUGUUGAAAUGUUCACACCAGGAAAAGCUAUUUUCUCAUCAAAUAUGCCCCAAGUUCUCUGAAGACUGAAGGUCAGUCCAGUCUCUGCCUUUAUUUUAAUUUUCCAUGCACUGUUAAUCACAGUGAUCAGUAGAUGUACUUGUAUAUAAAGAUGUCAGUUUUGUCUUUUAAAUGAAGGAAUGUUUGAUGAAAUAUCCUUCUGUUUUUUUUUUAUUUCUGCUGGUAAAGAUUUACUGGGUAGAAUUUGCAGUAUAGGGAAGGAUAUCCCACAAAACAGCCACAAGUCUAAAGUGUUACUGUUCUCUAUAAAAAAUCAGUUUUUUCUAUUUAAUAGAUAAAUGGUACACUCUCCAUAUACAUAGAGCUGGAUGCAGUGACUGAGAGGCUGACAGCCUAUCAGAUGUGAAAGCAGCAUUUAUCCGCUGCUGUCUGAUAUUUUGUACAUAUUUUCUUUCUGGAGAUGUUUUAUCAAUAAAACGAAUUUCAGAGCAAAA